AAGCCCCCCCCAAAAAAAGGAACGAUGAAACCAAAGCCGUCAAAGCGUUGCGAUCACUGAAUUGUGGGCGCAGACGCACAAAGGAGCCGAGCGACCCGCGGUCGGUGACGCGCGGUUUCGGCGCGACGUGUUUUGUCCCGGCGGCUUGUUGUCGGGUUUUUUUUGCGCUGGCUCAGCAGAGUCUGCGAUCCCCGCCGAUUCCCCCCCGCCCCCCAUUCCCCCCCCCAGCUUUAGACGGCCACAAAAGCCCCGUCGCAACACGGCGGGCGCGCCUAAAUGUUGUACAAGUGGCGCGCGCGAGACCGGCCCAAGCUUGGCAUCGGAACCGGGCCGACACUCAGCAUGUGGCGCGACCGGGGGCUGCCGCCGCUCUUCGUCUGCGUCUGCGUCCUCGUCUGCGUCCGCGCCUAUGCCGAGGACGGAGACGGCCUCUUCAGGAGGCCCCAGUGCAGCGGCGCCGCGCUGACCCGAGCGUGUCCGCUGGACUACUCGCCCGUGUGCGGCAGCGACGGGAUCACCUACCCCAACGAAUGCGCUCUGUGCAUCAGCCAACUGGAGAAGAAAGUGGACAUUGUGAUCGUGAAGGACGGGCCCUGCUGAUGUCCUCGGAGCAUCGCAUUUUUUCGCACACACACGCACACACACGUUUGUCUAUUUUUCAUGGAGUUCCUUCAAAGCAGACUGCGAUUUUUCUGACUUCUUUCUAUCGUCGCGUGUGCAAAACGACAAACCAAAAGAUGAAUGUUGAUGUGACAAACUACACUUCAACAAAGUAAAUAAAGACGUCGUGUUAACAA